AUGUCGACCGACGUAGACGGCACCGGCGUGUUGCCCAGUAUGUCGAGGCUGCUAAAGUCGGUGGCGUCACGCGGUGCGGAUGGUGGAUUGCUGCUAUUGCUUUCUCGCGGUGAAGAUGCUUGUCUUCUUGCUGACGAAGAACUGUGGAAAGGUGUGCAGGGCCAGAUUACUGUCGCCCGGGGGAGGGGAAAGAAGGGUGCUGCUCGUGGUCGUGGUGAUUUUGCUGUUGUCGAGGUCGAGAAAGAGCUCUGA